CAACCCAUUACUUAAGACCGAUUUUUACGAAAGAGAAUCGAUUCAUAGAAAUGCUCCAGUUUUCCGGUCAAAACAGAAACUUGACACUGUACCUGAUAAAUCGAAUAUCUAAUGUUAUAAAUUAAAUACUUAAUUAUGAAUGACCAUUUGAAAAACCCAGUGCUCUACGUCGGUGAGAUUGAUGACAAUAUCGACCUCUCACAACCUCCAAUAUCAGGGGAAGACUACAUAAAACGUGUCGUAAUUGAAGCACAACAAUGUGAGAGCGUCGUGGUGGCCAGGAUCGAUGAGGCAAAAUUGAAAAAACCCACCGUGAGCGUCAAAACUUUGGGAGGAUGUCUGGAGGCCCCAGCAACCCUCAGCCCCACAUACGAGUGGCAAAAAUGUCAGGUGGAUGACUUUUCAGAGGUCAGACUGAGUACGUCAAGGAUAAAAGCUGUGCGGGAGAAUUAUCGUCAACACAGAAAGCGCACAAUCAAAUUUCCAGAUGUUGAUGACAGGAAUAGUUGGGUAAACUUCUGUCUUGGUUCGUCCGUGGAGGGGUCAUCUCCUCAGCUCCCAACAUUGGAUAUUAUCUUCUGUUUGAGUCAACUCCAAGUGGAGCAAGUGCUAGAGUACAUGAUAGAAGAGGUAGAGUCCAGAGGAAUAGUGGAUCCUGUCUUAGGACAAUGGAUUUAUGGACUUCUAGCUGUCUUGGAGCUUCCAUUGAAUCCAGAUGUCUGUUCUUGCCUGAGGACGCUGGCGAGGUCUUGCUCCAUAGCCAGAGCUAAUUUGAAGCCAGAAGAGUCUGAAAAGGUCAAGUCCCUCAAUUUAUUCAUCUGUUUGGUAGCCAGGUACUUCAGACAACUAGACUUAGCAGAUGCUUAAUAAUAAAAGAUCUUGUAAAUUAAAUAAAAAUAAGAAAAAAUCCCAAUUUCGUAAUUUAAAAAAAGUA